GUUGAACACAGGAAGUUGAAUUAUCAGCUGAUCCUGCUGGCUGUUGAUGUCUGAAGUUGCUGUUGUUUGGACGCUGUGUCGCUCUUAUCUGCUCCUGACAUUGACGACACGUUAAAGGCCGAGAAACGGACACUGUUGGCGUUUACCGGCCGUCCACUUCACGAGCAUCCCGGGACGUUUCUCAUCACGUUCACGGAAGAGUCUGCGCUGUAGCGGCAGAGCAGAGCUAGCUAACGAAGAAAGAAAACAGCAAAGGCAGCCAACGGCGUCUCUUUGUUAAAGUCGUGCCAGCGUGGAUCGCGGUAUUAGUUUCCUCUGUCUUGAAUUAAGGAUAUAUUAUUAUUAUUAUUAUUAUUAUUUUGCAUACACGUUAUUUAUAUUUGUACUUCGGUGACAGUAGAGGAACGGGGCAGCUAGCUUACCGCUAACGUUAGCUUGUAGCGCGAAGAAAACUGAAGAUUGGGUGCUUUGGUAACGGCCCGACUGUAGCAGAUAAGAGACAUAACGGUGGGAGGAUCGAAUCGAAACAUUAUCUGUAUUUUUCUGGUGUACUGCUGCCGCUUCAUCAGGUAAACAGUCUGAAACUGUGUCCAAACAAUGUUGUCUUGAGAACCUGGAGGCUGUUGGAGACCUGUGUCCCUUCUGAACAGGUUGACCUGAUCUGUUAGAUCAUUGUCACCACGCAGCUGCGUGUAUCCAGGUUUUUAUUGAUUUUAAAAUCACACAAACAAGCAGUGGGUCCACUGACAGCUGGCCUUGUGUGUUCUUGCAUUGCUGACAAGUUGCGUAAUUUGUUUGUGUGUAAGCUGCUUUGUGCUGAGACUGCAAACUUAUUUGCUUUGCUUCAGGAAUGAAUGUUAGUUUGGAUAUUUAACUAGUUUUAUUCUUCUUUGGUGCCGUUUUUAAUGUUAAGGCUGUAUUAUGAGAUAAAGACAGAGGUUUUUACCUUUAAAUGCUGGGUAGCUGUUUGAUGCUCACACUCAUGAAUUUGGUGGCUUUAGAAAAAGAAGUUGGUCGCUAUGAACUGAAAUAGCCAGCUGAUCCUGUUGUUGGACGGUGCUGCGUUCAGGGACAACCAGCAGAAAGCGAGGGUCCCUCACAGGGUCCCAUUGUGUCUUGAGGUGAGGUGAGCUGACCCCCCCAAUUCCUUGCCAAUGCUGGAUCUGGAGGUGGUACCUGAGAGAUCACUAGGAAAUGAGCAAUGGGAAUUUGCCUUAGGGAUGCCAUUUUCCCAGGCCAUCUCUAUCCUCCAGAAACACUGCCGCAUCAUUAAAAAUGUCCAGGUGCUAUACAGUGAACAGACGCCACUCAGCCAUGACCUCAUACUGAACCUGACUCAGGAUGGGAUUAAACUGCUGUUUGAUGCCACAAAUCAGAGACUCAAGGUGAUUGAAGUGUACGACCUGAGCAAAGUCAAGUUGAAAUACUGUGGAGUCCAUUUCAACUCUCAGGCCAUCGCCCCCACCAUAGAGCAGAUCGACCAGUCAUUCGGAGCUACACACCCUGGAGUUUACAAUGCUGCGGAGCAGCUGUUCCAUCUUAACUUCCGAGGACUGUCCUUCUCCUUUCAACUGGACUCGUGGAACGAAGCUCCGAAGUAUGAGAUCCCACAUGGAGCCAUGGUCAAGAGGAUGCAUAUCUACACUGGCAACAACCUGCAGGAAACCAGAGCUCCUGCCAUGCCAUUGGCUUGUUUCCUUGGCAACAUCUAUGCAGAGAGCGUGGACGUUCUGAGAGAUGGGGCGGGUCCUCUGGGGCUGAAACUCCGCCUCCUCACUGCAGGUUGUGGGCUGGGAGUGAUGGCCGACGCUAAAGUCCGGUCCCUAGAGAGGAGCAUCUUCUUCGGAGAUUCCUGUCAGGAUGUUCUGGGUGCUCUGGGCUCGCCACAUAAAGUCUUCUACAAGUCUGAGGACAAGAUGAAGAUCCACUCUCCAUCACCUCACAAGCAGGUUCCCUCUAAAUGUAACGACUACUUCUUCAACUACUUCACCCUGGGAGUGGAUAUCCUGUUUGACUCAACGACUCACCUGGUGAAGAAGUUUGUCCUCCACACCAACUACCCCGGACAUUACAACUUCAACAUAUAUCAUCGAUGUGACUUUAAGAUUCCACUAAUCAUCAGAAAAGAAGGAGCCGAUUCCCAGACAGAGGACUGCAUGUUAACAACCUACAGUAAGUGGGAUCAGAUUCAGGAGCUGCUGGGUCACCCGAUGGAAAAGCCCGUGGUGCUCCACAGGUCCUCCUCAGCCAACAACACCAACCCGUUUGGCUCCACGUUCUGCUUCGGACUGCAGAGGAUGAUUUUUGAGGUGAUGCAGAACAACCACAUCGCAUCAGUGACGCUCUACGGUGCUCCACGGACCGCCAGUCAAGCCCGACCUGAAUCCAGUGGUAGUUCCCACUGAACCAGUAACCAGAACCACAUCCCACUGUGGCCCUGCCCAAAUCCAAUUCUUCUCUGACUGAAUUUCUAACCCAGAACUAGAAUCUAAACCAAACAGAUCUAACCGAACAAAGUUCCUGUGGCCCGGCUCAGACGCUUCAAUUUGAUCCCAUGUUUUGAGUUUUCUAGUUGGUUCUAAGAUUUCCCUCCCGGUCAGAACCGUUGGACCAGUUCUGGACACCUGAAAGGUGCCGAUGGUGUUAAAGUGAAAUCUGCUUCUUGAUAGAGCUCAGCUGCUUCCUGUUCCACCCUGGCUGCCGUCACCCAGAACCACUGAGACCGGGUCCCAGGCCCAGAGAGACUAGAGUGAGAGGCCAGAUCCCGGGACGAGAGACCGGGAGGAGAGGCCGGGUCCUGGGAUGAGAAACCAGAGAUUCCAUGGCCGUCAUAUUCCUCACACCACGACUCUGCCGGUCCAGUCUUUCCACUUCUGCUACAGGACCUGAACCAGUCCAGACUCGAUCCCACUCAGGGUUCAGAGAGAGAACAUGGCCUCCAUCAUCACCUCUUCAUCGUCCCCUUCCUCGCUGUGAUGUCAUCAGGAAUGGACGCCGGCGUGUCUGCUCACUCUGAGUGUGUUUUUGUUUAAUGGCAUUUCAACAGACUGAAACUGAAUCACAUUUCUGAUUGGCCGUUUCCAUGGUUGCGCAACAGCAGAUGUACUAAUGCAGCGCGUCAUGGUUCUUCUUGCAUGUUGAGGGCAUUGAGUCGCCAUGGCAACCAUCCUUUCUGUGUUUUCACCGUUAGAUCCAUGUUUACAUUUGCAGUAGAACACACCUUCUACUUGAUUGUUCCCGUCCUCAGAUGGACGCGUGGAGGCGAUUUGGGGGAGAAACUAUGAGUGUGUCGGGGUGCGGGGCGUUGGCAGUGUGUUACGCUCAUCCUCCAUCUUUCUUCAUCUCUUCAUCGGAUAAAUGAGUUUCUGAUGGAACUAAAGUAGGGACAUCAGAUUCAUUCUGCAGGUCUGAGAAUACAAGUAAACUUUACAAACAAUAAAAUUUUUGUCGCACAUUUUACCAGCCUACGCCAGGACCAAUCGGAUUUCUCUAAUUUCUAACCAAUCACAGAGAGCAGGACUAGGAUUCAAACUAAACGUGUAAAAGUUGGGCUGCUUCCUUUUAUGGAAACGUUUUUUUUUUCUGGAGAUUGAAACACGUCUAGCUGAUUCUGCUAAACUGACUCACCUUCAGAGAGCCGUAACAGGCCUGGCAGCUGUGUCUGUGAUUGGUUUAGGAUUAGAGACAUCUGAUUGGUUCUUGAGUAGGUGUGUUAAAUGUGGGACAAAUAUUUAGUUCUAGUAAAACUGACUUGUAGAAUAAAUCAUGCUAGUAGAUGUGAUUUGUUCAUUGUUACAGUUUCAAAUAUGAAGAAAUGAGUCAAAAGUUUUAUCCCUCUUUUAUCUCUGUAGUUUCUCUUUGUCCCUCGUCGGUCUCCAGUUGUUCCUUUGAGUUGCCAAACGCUCCAGCCAAAGAUGUUUCUGGAUGUUUUCAUUUUAUCUGCCGUUUUAUCUUUUGCUUCCAACAUAAUCCUUGGAGUUGGGGCUGGGGUGGAGCUUCUGUGUCCGGGCCAGGGUGGAGUCUCUGAGCCAGCUCCAGGUUCUGCAUGAACAUCGGUAGUCCAGGACCAACCAUCGUUUUUCUGGAUGAGAACCGGUUUAAACAGGAAACAUGAGUCAUUCCUUCAUCAUCUCCCUCCCUGAUGUGUAAACUUUUUAAUUACAAGUCAAUUAAUAAACUGUGUCAUCAUUUUAAUACAAAACUUCUCAUUUUCAUAAUCCGUCUUCCAGAAGUUUUUAUUUUCUAUUUUCUCACCACUGCUCAUUUCAUGUCAACAUGUGAAGUCAGGUGAUACGUGACGGCGUCAUCAGUCAGCGUCACGUGGAGAGUUUGGUUAUAACGUGUUAUAAUUUACAUUCCUGUGAUCAUGUACAUGCUCAUCAGCUGAUCAAAUCAACAGAUUAAAUAAAUGUAAAUACGAAGGGGAAAAAAAAGGAAGCUUUAAAUUAAACUUUGUACAAACUUUA